AGAGUAAUGGCUUGCGCCUCUAUUCGCACACCAAGUUUUCUUUGCUUUCUCGGUUUCUCUCUGCGGUGUGUGUUUCUCGCCGACACAAGUCCCAGUUCAUCCAAGCCUCUUGCAGAGACACGCACGCAUUGGUUUUUUCUUUUCUCUUCUCUCCCUUUGCUGCUCGUGGUCAACCAUGCGUUACGCAAAGGUCGUGUUUCUGCUGUGCGCUGCGCUGGUCGUUCUGAACGCAGCCGCCACCCCAGCAGCAGCAGCAGCGCCGACGCAGGCUGAGUGCAGUGCGUUGUACACGUGCGUAAACAGCGACCCUUCGCGCCAGACCAUUAUCCCCUCGGCAGACCAAUGCCUCUGCUGCUCCUCCGCGAACAUAACGGAUUGCAGCGGCUCGUCCAGGUUGUGCUUGACAGACUACUGCACGGUGUGUUCAGGCUCGGCGGCUGCAUCCAACUCUGGCCCCUGCACGGCGUGCUUCACUGGCUACCAGCUUGCGAACGGCGUUUGCGCGCAGUGUAAAGUUCCCCACUGCGACGAGUGCACGACAAACUCUACCGGCACCCUUCCGACGUGCAACCUGUGCAGUAACGGCUUCCACUGGAACAACGGUGAGUGCGACGCGAACACCGCCGACUCGGGCGCCAGCGGGAGCGGCAGGGGCAGUGCGUCGAGCUCUCGUGGCGUGACGCAGUGCCGUGCAGCGCACUGUAAAACAUGCAGCAGCACCGCGGCCACGCAGUGUGCGCAGUGCGCCGACGGUUACGCGUUCGACGUUUCCAACGUCUGUGUCAGCUCCUGCAAGGUGAACCACUGUGACCUGUGUUACAGCAACAGAACGAAUGACUGCCAGCUGUGUUCAGCCGGGUACACGUGGAACAACCUGCAGUGCGUGCAGGGUCCGGGGUGCCGUGUGGGCCAUUGCACACAGUGCAAGGGCGGGAGCUCACCGACAUCCUCUGGCAGCGAUCCCGAGAGCACGUGCGUGGUGUGCGAGAGCGGCUACACGCUGACCAACGGCUACUGUGUGGCGUCCUCCACGUGCACAGUGGCCAACUGCGCUGCCUGCAGCAAUUCCCCCGAUCAGUGCACCACCUGCAACCCGGGCUUCCGCCUCGUGAACGGCACGUGCUCUCCCGUGGAGUGCCGCGUGGCCGACUGCGUGGAGUGCAUCACGGGCGACCCCACCAAGUGUGCGCGGUGCGCGCCUCCAAAGAUCGUUGACACGGUCACCUUCCAGUGCAUCACGAGCGGCAGCUGCAGCGUCAGCCACUGCAAAACGUGCAGCCCCGUCAGCGCAUCCGUGUGCGACACCUGCGACGCCGGCUACACCCUGUCGGCUGACAAGACGACUGCACGGCGGACGUCACCUCCACCACGACGCCAACAACGCCGUGCAGCGUGCCGAACUGCAUCACGUGCGUCGCCAGCGACCCCAACACCUGCCAGUACUGCCGGAGUGGCUACUACACGUCCAACGGCCAGUGCGUGCCCACCAGCAGCUGCUACGUGGGCAACUGCGCACAGUGCAUGCUGCGCGACAGCACCAAGUGCUCCACGUGCCGCAACGGCUACCUCCUCAGCUCCACCUACACCUGCCUCUCGCAGCACGUCAACGUGA